GUAAAAAAAUCCGCUACCAUUUAAAUUCUUCAUUCUUCUUUUAUCUUUAUAAUUUCAAUUUCAAGAAGCUGAAAGAAAGAUUUCAGAGCAUUCUCUCCUUUGUAGUUCAAUAAUUUUCUACCAAAACUGCAGUAAUUUUUGAAGAUGCAGAUGAAUACUCAGUACAUGUCAUCAUCAAGCAUUGGUAUGUGGCAAAUUGCUCGUCAAGAGAUGAAAGAAUACUUGAAUCAGCUCCUCCCUCGAUACCCCGAAUCUGCAAUCGAUGAUUUCAAUGAUAAACUAAUGUCGAAUGCUGGAUCAAUAGCAGAGUACAUGGAUCAAGAUACAGUGUUAAGACGCGUAAUGUGGAUCAAUGCUGGUAAUUCUCUACCGCCACCAACACAUGGAAUGCAUGCUGACAAUUAUGAUUAUGAUUCUGGUGAUAAUGGUUUCAGGGAAUCUAUGGAUAAUUGGCCACCACACUCUAAUUACUAUGGUCAGAAUAGCACGAGUCUAUUGCAGAAUGAUGGCAUGGUUCCUAUUCCUCCUAAUUUUGGAAACACAUCAGCAUUGCAACAACAGCAACCAAACUAUUCAUUCGACGGCCAAUUCGGCUCCAUGGAAAGAUCUUAUUUUGAUUCUCAGAAGCCCAUCUUUCUUGAUACUAGUACUCAUGGGAGGAUUGAUGGUGGGAGGAGUAGUUUUGGAGCUACACAAAUUGGAAAUUCUGUAGGUUCUGUUGGAAGGUCAUUGGGGGAUCUCGAUCAGACUUAUGCGCACCUAGGUGGAAUGAACCACUUCCCAAUGGGGACUUCUCAGGGGAACCUUCAAGGUAUGCUUCAAAAUACUGCUGCUCCAUAUCCCACUGUUCCAACUCCGUAUCCGUCGUAUACGCCAACUGAACAACCAUCUAAGGUUCAACGAUCAUAUAAGACUGGUAAGACCAGAAGGCAUCAACAGCCCUUGCAACAAACCCAUAGGACUACCAAGUCAGCAAAACAUGGCGUUACCCCUCGUUCAAAUGAAGUUUUUGGGUCUUCCCAGAUCACAGGGUGCGAGUCCAAAUGUGAAUAUUGUGGUAAAAAUCCAACUCUAGUUGAUUAUUUCAUGAAGAGGACUGUGAAAUCAUUCAGAGACCAACAUCCCAAAUUAUGUAAGAAGCUGGACACAUUGUAUGAGCAUUUGAGGAAGUGCAAUAAGCAGAAAUGUGGUUGCUCAAAGUUCCGCCCAUACCACCAGCAUGCUGUUGACCGUUUACGUGAUGGUUUGAAGGAACUUCAGAUUUCUCAAAAGAUAUCCCCUCAUUCACUGAAAGGUACCUGGGAGAUUAGUGAUGUAGGAGAUGGUGGCGAGGUCUCACGUAAAACUAUGAAGGUCGAUGGUGGAUUUGGUCCAGCACGUGCUUCAGUCGACCAGAUUGCUUCCCAAGUAGAGCUUAGUCAAAUGGGAGUACUCAAUGAAACAGUGAUGGAUUCUACUUGGGAUUGGUCUGCAAAUUCCAUUGAUAACUUUUGUGCCUUACCAAUGUCACUUGAUGACCAUGCUCAAGGAGUAAAGACCGUGAAGCUUAAGACAGAUGGUGCAUCUCAGAGUGAAUCACUCUCUCCAGUGCAGACACCUCACUCGAGUAUCACGCAGGAAGUUAACCAGGUUCGUUCCUUGAAGUUUCAUUAUAAUGCAUACCAUCCACGGUAUCUUAUCCCUUUUCACAUCAUUUAUCUACCUCUUUACUUUUAAUGCAUCUUAUAAUGCAUACCAUCCACGGUAUCUUAUCCCUUUUCACAUCAUUUAUCUACCUCUUUACUUUUAAUGCAUCUUACUUCAUAUCAUGAAUGAGCUGGAAAUGGUUUUAUUUUACAUGACUCCGCAGGAACCACUACAAGCAGACUCCUCCAUAGGCGAUUAAACUCAG